UGUAAGGUGGUUGCGAGAGCUUACAUUUCUUAGAACUGCUGAGCCCUCUCGGAUCUGUUUUACCGUGGUGGACCUUGUCUAGUGGAAUGGCCGAACACGAGAGCUUGGAGUUUGGCAAGGCGGACUUUGUUUUACUGGACCAGGUGACAAUGGAAGACUUCAUGGCCAACUUGAAGCUACGGUUCGAGCGUGGACGGAUAUACACCUAUAUUGGGGAAGUGAUUGUAUCCGUGAACCCCUAUAGAUCGAUGGAGCUUUAUGGGAAAGAAAUGAUUGAGAGCUACAAGGGCAGGGAGCUGUACGAGCGUCCCCCGCACCUCUAUGCCAUUGCAGAUGCAGCCUACAAGGCCAUGAAACGCCGGGCCAAGGACACAUGCAUUGUGAUAUCAGGAGAAAGCGGGGCUGGGAAGACGGAGGCCAGUAAAUACAUCAUGCAGUAUAUCGCAGCCAUCACUAACCCCACCCAGCGUGAAGAGGUGGAAAGGGUGAAGAACGUUUUGUUGAAAUCUAACUGUGUCCUGGAAGCUUUCGGAAACGCAAAAACCAACCGCAAUGACAACUCCAGCCGAUUCGGCAAAUACAUGGAUAUUAACUUCGACUUCAAGGGAGACCCUACCGGAGGACAUAUCAACAACUACCUACUGGAGAAGUCUCGGGUCCUCAAACAGCAACAAGGGGAGAGGAACUUUCACUCAUUCUAUCAGCUCCUCCUAGGGGCUCCAGAUGCCACUUUAGAAAGGCUUUACCUACGGAGAGAUCCUGCUUUAUAUAACUUCACCAGCGAGGGGUUCAACAACAAUUUGGUGAUCAAUGACAAAUCAGACUACAAGACAGUGGUGGAAUCACUAAAAGUCAUUGGAUUCAGCUCCGAGGAGGUGGACUCAAUCUACAGUAUCCUGGCGGCAAUUCUCCACCUGGGUAACAUGAGAUUCGCUAUGCAGGACGAUUCAGUUGUGAUAGAAGACGAAGAUCUGCUCGUUUACAUCGCGGAUUUGACCUGCUGCAACCCCGAAAAUGUUCGAAAGACAUUUCUCUACAGAACGAUGGCGACAGGAGGGGGCGACGUCAUUGAAAAAGGUCACAGCGUCAAGGAAGCUAGCUAUGGCAAAGACGCCUGCGCCAAGGCCGUUUACGAGAGACUCUUCUGCUGGAUUGUCGGACGCAUCAACAGCGUAAUCGAAGUGAAGGAUUAUGACGCCCGAAUCCACGGAAAGAACACAGUGAUCGGGGUGCUGGAUAUAUACGGAUUCGAGAUAUUUGACAAUAACAGCUUUGAACAAUUCUGUAUUAAUUACUGUAAUGAGAAACUGCAACAGUUAUUCAUUGAACUGAUCCUUCGGCAAGAACAGAAUGAGUACCAGCGAGAGGGCAUCGAGUGGCAGCACAUUGAAUACUUUAAUAAUCAGAUUAUCGUGGAUCUAGUUGAACAACCUCACAAAGGCAUCAUCUCCAUCCUGGACGAGGCCUGUCUGACGGUGGGAGAUGUCACGGACACCAUAUUUCUGGAGUCCAUGAACAGCAAGCUGGGCAGACACCCCCACUACACCAGCAGAAAGCUUUCGACCGCUGACAAGUCCAUGGCGUUUAAUCGUGAUUUUCGCAUUAAGCAUUACGCCGGCAAUGUUACGUAUUCCGUGGAGGGUUUCCUGGAUAAGAACAAGGACACCUUAUUCCAAGAUUUCAAACGUUUACUAUAUAACAGCAAAGAUCCCGUCCUGAGGGAAAUGUGGCCAGAUGGACAACUGAGCAUCAGCGAGGUGACCAAAAGGCCUCUGACAGCUGCCACGCUCUUCAAAAACUCCAUGAUUGCACUGGUAGAGAACCUGGCAUGUAAGGAGCCGUAUUACGUUCGAUGUGUGAAGCCCAAUGAGCAGAAGUCCCCGGUUCUAUUUGACGAUCAGAGAUGCCGUCACCAAGUGGAAUAUUUGGGUCUUCUGGAGAAUGUGCGUGUAAGGAGGGCGGGCUUCGCUUACAGACAGCCCUACGACAGGUUUUUAUUCAGGUACAAAAUGACCUGCGAGUACACAUGGCCAAACCAUCUCAUGGGAUCAGACAUGGAGGCCACGAAAGCACUGAUUGAACAGCACGAAUUCCAGAAUGAUGUGGCCUAUGGACACACAAAGGUCUUCAUUAGGACGCCCCAGACACUGUUUAGUCUAGAACAAGAGCGGUCCCAGCUGAUCCCCAUCAUUGUGUUAUUGAUACAGAAGGUCUGGCGUGGCACACUAGCACGGAAACGGUACAAACAACUCCGGGCUAUCUACACUAUAAUGCGUGUUUAUAAAUGCUACAGAGUCAGGUCUCACCUGCUGGAAGUUGUGAGACGUUUCCAGAAUGUGCGCAAUAUGCCGGACUAUGGAAAGAGCGUGGAGUGGCCCGAACCGCCAGCUGUCCUUGCAACAUUUCAGGAACUCAGCCGAAAUCUAUUUAGGAGAUGGAGAGCAAGAAAAAUUGUAAAAAACAUCCCCCCAUCGGACAUGUUUCAGAUUAAAGCCAAAGUGUGCGCGAUGGAUGCGUUGCAGGGCCUGCGCCAUGACGUUGGGUACGAGCGCGCCUGGAGGCAGGACUACCUAUCCUGUGAUAAGGAUUCUCUUGUUGCUGCUCAGUUUUCUAAAACCCUACAGGGGCUGAUAAAAAAAGAUGGUCACAGUUUGGUCUUGUUUUCCUGUCACAUCCGAAAGAUAAACCGCUUCAACAAGUGCAAGGACAGAGCCCUGCUAAUAACAGACAGACUGCUCUACAAGCUGGACCCCAGAAAACAGUACAAAGCACUGAGAUCUCUGCCCCUCAGCAUGGUAAGUGGAGUGAGCAUCACAGGAGCACAGGACCAGCUGGUUGUGAUACACAGCCACAAACACAAUGAUAUGGCGUUCUGUCUUCCCCCUAGUGAGAGCCGCGUGGGAGAGCUUGUGGGCACCUUGCUCUAUCACUUCAACAGGGAGAACCGUGAGCUGCCAAUCAAAGUGACGGAUUGCAUCCAGAUGAAUGUCAGAGGAAGGAGGCGUCUUGUGUCUGUGGAGAUACGGAGUGGCAUAUCACAACCCGACUUUCGAAAGGGUGGCAAUGGGCUUGUGCUGUUUUGGCCUGAAAAAUAAUCCAAAUAGGCAUUACUGUCAGCAUGAUUCUCCUCAAUAUUGC